GUGGACAGAGAAGGCCCAGUAGGUUUUUGCUUCCCAGUGAUAUAAAAUCCUCUCUCCCUCUCAAACUUCCUCUCGCCCGCAGUCGUCUCUUUUGCCGUUUGUUCAUCUCUUCUUCGCUGAUCGGUAAGCGUUGACGAAGCAGUAAACAGAAGCCAAGAUGCAAAACGAAGAGGGGGUUAUAACCGAGCUUUACAUUCCCAGGAAAUGUUCGGCUACAAACAGAUUGAUUACAUCAAAGGACCAUGCUUCGGUUCAGAUCAACGUUGGGCAUUUGGAUGAGAAUGGCGUGUACAAUGGCCAUUUCUCCACCUUUGCUCUGUGUGGAUUCGUCCGUGCUCAGGGAGAUGCUGACAGUGCGCUGGAUCGUCUCUGGCAGAAAAAGAAAGUCGAAGCUCGACAACAGUAGAGCAAGGGAGAGAAUAUAAUUGAUUUCUGUUUUUGAAGUUCUGCUUGAGGGUAGAAAAAUGUGGUUGAAGGAUUCUGACUCCUUUUCGUCAGUUAUUAUCGAAUAUUGCAACCUCUUUGAACUGCCAUGAAUCAAAAUAUUUUAUGUUACUGUGCUAAGGUACUCAAUAUCAGAUUGUUUUAGUUAUUGAGCAUUGCUAU